CCACAUAUUGGCCAGGGCCCAGUCUGCCCGUCAGCUGGGCUCUGACAAAAAAACACCAUAAACGUGUAAUAAAUUAAUCUCCAAACCCGGAUUUAAAAAAAAAAAAAAUUUUUAUGUCAACUUCAAACGUCAUGGUAAAACAGCAUUGCAGGCAGUUAUUCGUAAUAGGUGUUCUGUUACCAUGAGAAAGAGCGCAAACAGGAGAUAAAGGAAUAGAUAAUUCAAUAUUACAUAACAACAUGAUCCGUCCUUCCAGGACACUGCCAUGAAGGAGCUAUGAGGCCACAGUACAAAUCAUGUUGACAACACUACUGUUGAUGCAUGUCAAGCUGAUUUGACUAACCACAAAUUCGAAUUGUACUUACGUCUAAUCAAUGGAAUUAACUACACUUCCUUUUCACAUAACAGCACUAACUUUACACUACAGCAUCGUCAGAUGACAUCUGCCUCUGGGAACAUGACACCUUUAUUCGCACUCCUUUUGCCCCUCCUGCUCCUUCCCCAUAUCAGUGCCCAGGUACCCCACUGGGGGCCUUGUCCUGAGCCAACCGUCCAGCCCUCCUUCAACCUCCAAAAGUUCAUGGGAAGAUGGUUUGAAAUAGCCAAGCUGCCUGCCCAGUUUGAAAAGGGGAGAUGCAUUGAGACCAACUUCUCCAUGAAGGCUGAUCAAACCAUCAGAGUGGUCAGCUCAGAAAUAUUAAAGACAGAGCGGAGGACUAUUGAAGGGUCAGGGGUUGUAGAGGACCUGAAGAACCCAGCUAAGUUGGGCAUCAGCUUCUCUUACGUCCUACCCUACUCCCCUUACUGGAUCAUCUCCACUGACUACGAGAACUCUGCUCUGGUCUACUCCUGCACCGACAUCCUGCACCUCUUCCACAUGGACUUCGCCUGGAUCCUGGGUCGCACGCGAACACUCCCCGCCGCCACCGUGGACAAAGCCCGGGAAAUCUUCACCAGCAGCAACAUCGACGUUAGUCGGAUGACGGCCAGCCGGCAGCAGGGCUGUGACAAGACCCUCUGAGACAUGGGGCAGGAUUUAAAAGAGAGGAGUUCAAUAGAGUUGAAUACAGUACAGUGAAGUAGAAUAUAAUUUAAAUAUGUAGUACACUAGGAAACAGUAGAGUAAAAUAUUGUAAAGUAGAAUAGAAAAACAUGUAGUACUGAAUAGCAACAACAGAAUAAAUACUAGAAGAGCAUAAACCAUAUAACAUAGUGGAGUAAAUUAUAGUAGAAUCAAAUAACAUCAUGUAGUAGAGUACAGUAGAGCAAAUGUUUUUAGUGUAGAAUGAAGUCAAAAUGAAGCAAAAACAGAAAAUGCAGAAUAGAUUGAAAAGAUGUAUUUUUAUGUAUGGAAGAUGAGACAAAAACAGUGAUAGUUUCCCUCAUCUGUGUAAUAUGUUUCUUUGACAAACAGUGCAUUUCAGUGACAUUCCUUGAUUUGUUCACAUUCAUAUUUAAAGGAAUGUAAUGUACAGAAAUGUUUUUUACAUUUACAAAUAUAUUUGUUCUUAUGUGACUUGAAGUUUUUGAUUGUGACCUCUUUGUCACAAACUCAACAUUACAUUUUCUCAUUAGCAGCAAUAAAAAAAAUCUGUAUCAUGUGAUUGAUCUUGUCCAGCUGUAACUGUCAUGUGGUUUCUGUAAACAGACGAAGUCUAAUAAUUCCACACGUGAUUGCAGUCAUGCCUAACAUGUUUAAAUUAAUCAUACUUUAAUUUAACAUAGUCUUGAACACUAAAUU